AAGACAUUUGAGAAGAGAGUUUAGAAUUUCAGCUUUUAUUUCCUGGUAUUUAUAUGUAGAUGUGUUAAACAGCAUAGCACAUUUGUAUCAGACUACCCAAUUUGUAGGUAAGCAAAAAUAUUGGAACAUGUGACUGACCGGUGUUUCAUGUUACCCAGGUGUGUCCAAAUCAAUUGGAGUUUCUGAUCUGUUAAAGUUUUGUUUAGCAGUGAAAGUCAAUCACCAGAUCUUAACCCAAUUGAGAAGCAUUUCACCCCCUGAAGGGGAGACUGACUGGAGAAUCCCCCGAAACCACCAACAACUGAAACAGGCUGUUGUAAAAGCCUGGAAAAGCAUCAUAAAAGAAGAAAUCAACAGUUUGGUGAUGUUAGUGAGUCACAGGCUUGAUGCAGUUAUUGCAAGCAAGGGAUAUGCAACCAAAUAUUAAGUGUUAUUUACUUUAAUUUACCACAGGACUUGUGUUCCUAUAGUUUUGCUUACCUAAAAAAAUUGGCAGUCUGAUCGAAAAGAUUCUUUGUUUUAUGUUGUUUAACACAUCUCAGUAUAAGUACGAGGAAAUAAAAACUGAAAUUUUAAACUCUUGUCUCAUAUCCCUAUAUUGAUAUCAAACCCAAAUGUCGUUGGUGUGUAGCAAAAAUGAAUUGACUUGCCGUUUCGGAGGGGAUUGUAUUUUUGAUCAUUUUUAUUAAGGUUGCCAAUUCUUAAUUUAGUUGAUUUUGAAUAUCAAAUUUUAAACUCAGAGUUGAAUGAGAUUCAUACAGUAUAUCUCAGAAUGCUUGGAUUAUAUUGGUUCAUGCUUUAACUUUCUUUUAAUUAUUUUUUUUAUACAGCCAUAUUUUUAAAGGGUGCAAAUAAAAUAGGUCAUAAAUGAAUAGGUAUUCUUCAGUUUCCAACCAGCCAUGAGAGCAUUUUCACUUGAUUUGUUUUGUUUUUGUAGAAAGAUGACAAUAAUUCAAACCUGUCUACAGAAGACAAACAUCACUUGAGAGGCUAAUGUUAGGAAUAUGCCAAUCUUGAAAUGUUUAUGUAUGCAUUAUGGGACAUUAAAUGUCUACAAAGAUGAACAAGGUGAAGAGCUUGAAGCUAGAAAUAGAGAGCCAAUCACGGAUCAUGAAAAUAGUUUAGAAAUAUGAGAUGGAGAGGGAUAAACAGGCAAGACUUAUUUAUGCAUUAUGUGUCCUUCCUAUCUCUCGCUACACCCCCUCCUUCUCCAGGAGCCCUCUGAUCUCUGUCCUCGCUCUGUUUUCUGUCCAAUGUCCUCUGUUCUUUCUCCUUGCUUGUGCUGGCAGGCUGAUGUAAAGGCCUGAGAAUGGGGAAACACCCGGUGAGUGUUUGCACACAGUUGCUCUCUUAUUGCAGAGAGGGAACUCCUGACCGUCACUCCUGGAAUCUUACAGUUUUGACUUUUCUUACAGCUCUUUAUUUUUCACUAAGCCAUUUUUUUGGCUGCUGUACUCCACAGGUUUCAGUAAUCAAGGCUGAAUGUGCAGAAGAGUCUUCUGUAAUGGAUGAUGACAAGACUGCCACCUGGGAUGACAGGACAGUGUCAUAGGUAACCGUUUUGGGUUUUUAGACUUCAUAGGCAACAUAGGCAAACAUUAAACGUAACCUUUCAUUCCCCUGUUUCUGCUUUUCUGUCUUGACAUUAUUAGGCAGAGCAGACAGCUAUUAGCAAGCACAUUUCCCUUGCAGUUAGUUGAUGUGGACCUGACGAAACAUACCCAGUGCGCCUUAAUUAACACUCUGAACCUCCUGGUCAAAUCCCAGAGGAUUCUGAUGAACCAUGCGCUGCUCGACGCUGCUGACAAUCCUGACAGCCGUGCUGCUGUAUCUGGUGAUGGGAGCGUUGGUGUUCGGCUGGCUGGAGGCUCCCAAAGAAGAACAGGCUUAUGACCAGCUGCUUAACUCUCGACUCACAUUCCUGCACAAGCACAACUGUGUUCAAGAGAGCAGCCUCAGUGAGUUCACUCAGCAAGUGAUUGCUGCGAUUGAGGCUGGUGUGGAUGCCAGAAUCAUGUCUAAUUUCACCAGCAGAUGGGAUCUAGCCAAUGCCUUCUUCUUCUGUGGGACCAUCAUCACCACCAUUGGGUUUGGAAACCUCUCCCCGAAGACAGAAGGAGGCCAACUAUUUUGUAUAUUCUAUGCUUUAGUGGGGAUCCCCAUGUUUGGUAUCCUGUUAGCUGGAGUUGGAGAUCAUCUGGGCACCAUGCUCAGGAAGGCAAUUGCAAAGAUAGAGGCUCUGUUCCGGCAGAAGAAGGUGAGCCACACCAGUGUACGGGUCAUAUCUGCAGUGUGCUCCAUUCUGAUUGGCUGCUUGAUCUUCAUUGCCUUACCCACCGUGGUCUUUCAGGAAGUGGAAAACUGGACGCUUCUGGAGGCAGGAUACUUUGUAGUGAUCACACUGACAACUGUGGGCUUUGGUGACUAUGUAACAGAGAACCGGAAAGAUGGCAUUCCUAUAUACAAGCCCCUCGUGUGGUUGUGGAUUGUGUUUGGCUUGGCCUACUUUGCCUCCAUCCUCACUAUGAUAGGCAACUGGCUCCGAAUGCUCUCCAAGAAAACCAGGGCAGAGAUGGAGGAGCUAAGAGCACAUGCUACAGAUUGGACCCAGAAUAUCCAGAACAUGUCUAUGGACUUUCGCAUCCCUGUCCCUCUGGACCUUAAUGAUCCCUUCCAGCUCCAUCGUAGGCGCAGAAGGAAACGCCGCCGUGGUGCCCACCAUCGGCACCCAAGGCUUACUGUGGACGGACUUCCUCAUGGAGUUUCUCUGGAGGUUAAUUCCAUCAGGGAAAAUGGCCAUCUGUUUGUGAACUGGCCUGGUUCCCGGUUUAACAGUGCAUCAGACACCAGAUUAUAUACGAGUUAUGAGAAGAGACCUGGAUCAUGCUUGGCACCAGGACAAAACUCAAGGCCUAUCUCACGCUCUGAAUUGAGGUCUAAUUCCAAGGCUGGAUCAGGAUCCACAUCCAGGUCAGUUUCAGGAUCAGACUCCAGAUCUGAGACACCAUCAGAAUCCUGGUCCCAGUCAGAGUGGAACUCGCAGGGGUCUGGGUCAGGAGCUGAGCCUGAGAAAAAGCAAGCAAGCGUAAAUGAUAUCCCUGUUGUUUUGAUCGGAAGCUGUGCGAGUCUUCCACCUCCUUCUCCUGCUCCUUCUUCUCCCCCUGAGCCCUCUCUCCUGGACUUCUUUGGUGAGAACUUGGCCUACAUUGAUGAGUCCUCGGACACACUAAGUGACCGCAUCAAAGUGUCUGGAGCUGGCUCAAACCGGCCUCGCAGGCCCAAGAAAAGAAGCAUAAGAAGGCAGCUUCCAUCCAUGAGUCCGUUAGGACUACAGAGAGCAUGCAGCAGUGAACUUCAUCCCCCAUCAUAUCCACCAACACCUCCGCCAAUAAAAGACUGAAGACAUUAGUCCCCAAUCUCUGCAGGAAAUGUGAAACUUGAGUUUUUCACUCCAAGCUUAACAACGCAUACGGAAAUGUGUGAGUAGCCACAAAUCGGAGUUAAUUUACAAAGAAAACAAUGUUUUCAUGGAUAAAGUCAUAUCCCUGUGGCUAGCUUGAAAAAGAUGUUAACAAACAUACAUGUGUUCUGUGUUUGAUACUUAGAACUCUUACCCAGUGGUUGAAUUUCAGAAUAGUCUUGGGGGUUGUGGUCAAUUACAAUGGCAGAGGAUUUGGGAAUAUAGUCAUUAUAUAAGGCCAUAAUAUAGCCUACACACUAUAUAAAGCCCACAUAAAAGAUAAAAUCUAAAACCCUUAAGAGAGGUCUUCAGUUGUCCCUCUGGGAAAACCCUUCUAUGUAGAUCCCUACAAGUGAUGAUUUCUCUAUCAGAAAGAGAUCCAAGCUAGAACCCUUUUGCAAGCUAAGAAUACCUUGAAAAAAAUGUGAAGGAAAAAAAAAAAGUGUGCACUAAUGUUCAACUUAGGUAGCAUGUUUUCCCCCCAAAUGUCAUUAAACUGCUCUGGAAAUAUCUUCUUUACCAUGAAAGAAGGCUAAAGCCAAUUUUUUAUAACCUAUUUAAUGGAGUAGCAUAGUAAUAUAUUAAAAUAAUCCCCAAGAUUCCAAACUCAGAUUUACCUUUUUGUUAACUUUAUUAACUGACAUGUUUCACAGAUUAAUGUUGGUUGUAUCUAUUUUUUCCUUUAUAAGGACUUUUAAGAUAUUGUAAUCAGUAAUAGACACCUAAAUAAUGUAUAAUAUACAUUAAUGAACACGGUUAUAAGAAAUCAAAAAAGGUUGGAAAUGGGGGCGGGGGGGGGGGUGUUGCUUUACAAGUGGUAUGCACAUGUUCAUGUCACUAAUACUGAUACAUGCCUUUGUGAUAUGGCUGUCAGUCAUUGAGUCUUUCAGCCAAUAUUAAAAGGUUCCGAAGUGCAACAUUCCCAAUUUUACUACUAUUGUUACUAUUGUCCCUUCCCAGUGUAGACGAUC